ACAACGCUGGGACUAGCGCGUGCGAGAAGGGCGAGCAGUGGCAGCGGGCUCUGGCGCUGCUCAGCGAGAUGUGGAAAGCGAAGCUGAAGCCCGACUUAUUAAGCUACAGUGCUGGGAUCAGCGCGUGCGAAAAAGGACAGCAGUGGCGGCAAGCUCUGUCGCUGCUCAGCAGGAUGCAGAAGGAUACGGUAGAGCCCAACAUCGUCAGCUAUAGCGCAGGAGCCAGCGCGUGCGAGAAGGGCGGGCAGUGGCAGCAGGCCCUGUCACUGCUCAGCAGGAUACGGGAGGCGAAGCUGGAGCCCGACGUCAUCAGCUACAGCGCUGGGGUCAGCGCGUGCGAGAAAGGCGGGCAGUGGCAGCAGGCUAUGUGGUUGAUUAGCGCGAUGUUUGAGGCGAACUUGGAGCCCGACUUUCAUGCGAUUGGGAACGCUGGCAGCAUGCAAACAGGAAUGCUUGGUAUAGAGUUGCUUGCACAGCAGGCUAGCAGCCAUGCGCGCAGGGCAGCGCGCAAGCAUGACAGCGGGCAAGCGAUUUCCAGUGACAGCAGGCUCUGUCACUGGUUAUCGAGAUGAGCUAUCCGAAGGUGGUCCCCAAUGUCAUCACC